AGCAAAGAGAUAUGAAAGUAUGAAUUUUUCACAGCUCUUCUUUUGAUUUUCUGUUUUUAACAGUUAAGGGGAGUUUGGUUUGGCUGAAGCACGUGGGACACUUCUUUUUUUUGAGUGUAUGAAAAUACUUUUACUUCCUCUCGAGUUUUCUAAAUUUGCUUUUUACUGUUUCAUUUCCUCCAUCUUUUUGCUUAGUUUCCUUGUUUAAUUUUUUCGAUUCCCUACCGUAUUAUUGUGGUGAGAAUUAACUCUUAUUUUCAGGGUUAAUCGCUGCCCCUGAAGCCCAGACAAACCUACUUUUCUGUUAUUUGCAGGAAAAUUAAAGAAAUAAUGCUGAGAGGAAGGUAGACGUGUGGUAAUGGCGGCUGAUGUUUCAAGGAACAAUUUACAAGCACAUGAUAAUUUCUUAGCUGAGAAAACAGAAGUCCUCAGUGAAGAUCUAUUACAGAUUGAGAGACGCCUGGACACGGUGCGGUCAAUAUGCCACCAUUCCCAUAAGCGCUUGGUGGCAUGUUUCCAGGGCCAGCAUGGCACCGAUGCUGAGAGGAGACAUAAAAAACUGCCUCUGACAGCUCUCGCUCAAAAUAUGCAAGAAGCAUCGACUCAGCUAGAAGACUCUCUCCUGGGGAAGAUGCUGGAGACGUGUGGAGAUGCUGAGAAUCAGCUGGCUCUCGAGCUCUCCCAGCACGAAGUCUUUGUUGAGAAGGAGAUCGUGGACCCUCUGUAUGGCAUAGCCGAGGUGGAGAUUCCCAACAUCCAGAAACAGAGGAAGCAGCUUGCAAGAUUGGUGUUAGACUGGGAUUCAGUCAGAGCCAGGUGGAACCAAGCUCACAAAUCCUCAGGAACCAACUUUCAGGGGCUUCCAUCAAAAAUAGAUACUCUAAAGGAAGAGAUGGAUGAAGCUGGAAAUAAAGUAGAACAAUGCAAGGAUCAACUUGCAGCAGACAUGUACAACUUUAUGGCCAAAGAAGGGGAGUACGGCAAAUUCUUUGUUACGUUAUUAGAAGCCCAAGCAGAUUACCAUAGAAAAGCAUUAGCAGUCUUAGAAAAGACCCUCCCCGAAAUGCGAGCCCAUCAAGAUAAGUGGGCGGAAAAACCAGCCUUUGGGACUCCCCUAGAAGAACACCUGAAGAGGAGCGGGCGCGAAAUUGCGCUGCCCAUUGAAGCCUGUGUCAUGCUGCUUCUGGAGACAGGCAUGAAGGAGGAGGGCCUUUUCCGAAUUGGGGCUGGGGCCUCCAAGUUAAAGAAGCUGAAAGCUGCUUUGGACUGUUCUACUUCUCACCUGGAUGAGUUCUAUUCAGACCCCCAUGCUGUAGCAGGUGCUUUAAAAUCCUAUUUACGGGAAUUGCCUGAACCUUUGAUGACUUUUAAUCUGUAUGAAGAAUGGACACAAGUUGCAAGUGUGCAGGAUCAAGAUAAAAAACUUCAAGACUUGUGGAGAACAUGUCAGAAGUUGCCACCACAAAAUUUUGUUAACUUUAGAUAUUUGAUCAAGUUCCUUGCAAAGCUUGCUCAGACCAGCGAUGUGAAUAAAAUGACUCCCAGCAACAUUGCGAUUGUGUUAGGCCCUAACUUGUUAUGGGCCAAAAAUGAAGGAACACUUGCUGAAAUGGCAGCAGCCACAUCUGUCCAUGUGGUUGCGGUGAUUGAACCCAUCAUUCAGCAUGCCGACUGGUUCUUCCCUGAAGAGGUGGAAUUUAAUGUAUCGGAAGCAUUUGUACCUCUCACCACCCCGAAUUCUAAUCACUCAUUCCACACUGGAAACGACUCUGACUCGGGGACCCUGGAGAGGAAGCGGCCUGCUAGCAUGGCGGUGAUGGAAGGAGACUUGAUGAAGAAGGAAAGCUUUGGUGUGAAGCUUAUGGACUUCCAGGCCCACCGGCGGGGUGGCACUCUAAAUAGAAAGCACAUAUCCCCCGCUUUCCAGCCGCCACUUCCGCCCACAGAUGGCAGCACCGUGGUGCCCGCUGGCCCAGAGCCCCCUCCCCAGAGCUCUAGGGCUGAAAGCAGCUCUGGGGGUGGGACUGUCCCCUCCUCCGCGGGCAUACUGGAGCAGGGGCCGAGCCCAGGCGACGGCAGUCCUCCCAAACCGAAGGACCCUGUGUCUGCAGCUGCGCCAGCACCAGGGAGAAACAACAGUCAGAUAGCCUCUGGCCAAAACCAGGCCCAGGCAGCUGCCAGCUCCCACCAGCUCUCUGUGGGCCCACCUCACAAUGCUGCAGGGCCCAGCCCACAUACACUGCGCCGAGCUGUUAAAAAACCCGCUCCAGCACCCCCGAAACCGGGCAACCCACCUCCUGGCCACCCCGGGGGCCAGAGUUCUUCAGGAACAUCUCAGCAUCCACCCAGUCUGUCACCAAAGCCACCCACCCGAAGCCCCUCUCCUCCCACCCAGCACACGGGCCAGCCUCCAGGGCAGCCCUCCGCCCCCUCCCAGCUCUCAGCACCCCGGAGGUACUCCAGCAGCCUGUCUCCAAUCCAAGCUCCCAAUCACCCGCCGCCACAGCCCCCUACGCAGGCCACGCCACUGAUGCACACCAAACCCAAUAGCCAGGGCCCUCCCAACCCCAUGGCAUUGCCCAGUGAGCAUGGACUUGAGCAGCCAUCUCACACCCCUCCCCAGACUCCAACGCCCCCCAGUACUCCGCCCCUAGGAAAACAGAACCCCAGUCUGCCAGCUCCUCAGACCCUGGCAGGGGGUAACUCUGAGACUGCACAGCCACAUGCUGGAACCUUACCGAGACCGAGACCAGUACCAAAGCCAAGGAACCGGCCCAGCGUGCCCCCACCCCCCCAACCUCCUGGUGUCCACUCAGCUGGGGACGGCAGCCUCACCAACACAGCACCAACAGCUUCCAAGAUAGUAACAGACUCCAAUUCCAGGGUUUCAGAACCACAUCGCAGCAUCUUUCCUGAAAUGCACUCAGACUCAGCCAGCAAAGACGUGCCUGGCCGCAUCCUGCUGGAUAUAGACAAUGAUACCGAGAGCACUGCCCUGUGAAGAAAGCCCUCUCCCAGCCCUCCACCCUUUCCACCCUGGUGAGUGGAGCAGGGGCAGGCGAACCUCUUCCUUUGCAGACCAAACAGUGAAAAGCUUUCAGUGGAGGACAAAGGAGGGCCUCACUGUGCGGGACCUGCCUUCUGCACGGCCCAAGGAGAACCACUAAAGCUGAAUGACCUGUCUUGAAGAAGUUGGCUUUCUUUACAUGGGAAGGAAAUCAUGCCAAAAAAAUCCAAAACAAAGAAAUACCUGGAGUGGAGAGAGUAUUCCUGCUGAAAUGCGCAUAGGAAGCUUUUGUCCCUGCUGUUAAUGCAGGCAGCACCUACAGCAACUUGGAAUGAGUAAGAAGCAGUGCGUUAACUAUCUAUUUAAUAAAAUGCGCUCAUUAUGCAAGUCGCCUACUCUCUGCUACCUGGACAUUCAUUCUUAUGUAUUAGGAGGGAGGCUGCUCUCCUUCAGACUUGCUGCAGAAUCAUUUUGUAUCAUGUAUGGUCUGUGUCUCCCCAGUCCCCUCAGAACCAUGCCCAUGGAUGGUGACUGCUGGCUCUGUCACCUUGUCAAACUGGAUGUGACCCAUGCCGCCUUGUUGGAUUGUCGGAAUGUAGACAGAAAUAUACUGUUCUUUUUUUUUUUUAAACAAUGUAAUUGCUACUUGAUAAGGACCGAACAUUAUUCUAGUUUCAUGUUUAAUUUGAAUUAAAUAUAUUCUGUGGUUUAUAUGAAAACUUCA